AGCUAGCGGUUAGCAUUGCAAAAUACGGGAGUAUAAAAUUCAGUUCGUGGUUAAGAAUUUGUAACUUUUUACACAUCUCACUUGAAUGUUAGUUUUAUUUAUUGUGUUUAGUUGACGUUAUUGUUUUGGCCGUGAAGAAGUUUUAAAGGAUAACGCUAGCGGUUAACUAACGGUAGCUGAUGGCUCAAUUUGCUGCGCUUUGCUAGCCAACUAGUAUGGAAUUGCAAGGGGUUCCGGUGGACUUCUCUUUUAAAUAUAUCAGCACAAUGAGAGAUGUUUUGUCAGAGGAGCCGAAUCCAAGCAUGCGUCCAUUGAGGAAGAACUCAAAGGGGAAGUUCAGCAGCAGAGCUCUCCGAUUGAACAACAACAUAAUCACAGAGCUGACAGGGCUGACAGACAUACUCUCUGCUGUUUUUGUGGAGCCCACAUGCCUCGCCUGGCUUGACCUCUCCUUCAACGACAUCUCUCACAUCCAUCCGGUCCUCACAGAGCUUGUAGAGCUGCGGAUGUUGAAUCUCCAUGGCAACAGUAUAUGUAACCUCUCUGAGGUUGACAAGCUGAGAACAUUGCCGCUCUUGCGCACCAUCACGUUGCAUGGUAACACCAUAGAGAAAGAGCGUGGCUACAGGGGAUAUGUGAUCUCUACUCUUCCUCACCUGAAGAUGAUGGAUUUUAAUGCCAUCACCAAGCAGGAGAGAGUCAUGGCCUCCAUCUGGCACAAAGGCAGAAAGAGUUGUGAAUCUUCCAUCCACAGCACAGAAGGCUGAGGCGUUGCCAUGGAAACAGCAUCUUUGUGAUUGGCUGCCAUGUAGCUGCUUUUUAAGUAUCAUGUGGAGUAAAUAUCAACGUGUGCA